AUGAUCGACGCCCAUGCCUCCCGGCGAGAGCGGUGGCGGCGACUUUUGCGCCUCCUGCUGCUGAGCUUCACCUCGGACUUGGUCGAGUUCGCCACCGUCGACUUGCCCCCGCACCCGGACGAGGCGCAGGUCGCCCUCGACAUCGACCGCCUGUUCACCGCCAUCCUGUUCCACCCGCCGGUGCUGAGUCUGCUGACGAUAGACGAGGGCAAUUUGAGCUAUACGGCGAUCUGGCUGCCCCAGGAAGUGGCGCAAUUGCGUAAGCGCCUCAAGACACUCGUGAUCUCGGUGCUCCGCCACCACCCGUGUCUUAAUUACUACCAAGGCUACCACGACGUGGCCCUGAUCGUGUUGCUUGUGUGUCCUGAGGGAAGCAGCGACGCUUUUGACAUAUUACAAAUGCUCACGGUGAACUAUUUGCGUGACUAUAUGGUGAAAGACAUCGGCCUCACCAUGUGUCAUUUGCGGCUUAUUAUGGCUCUCGUCGAGACCAUCGACCCCGAGUUGUAUACCGCGUUGGGCGAGCGUCCCAACUACGACUUCUUCCCCGCCAUUUCCUCCAUCAUCACAUUAUUCUCUCAUGACGUCAAUAAAGUGGCCGACGUAUUCACCAUUUGGGACUUUAUCCUUAAACGCGGAUCAAUAUCAGCAGCUCUUUACAUCUACACAGCUGCCCUCGUCCACUACCGCGACCAAUUUGUCCUGGAAACUGACCCCGACAUCAUCCACUCACUAGCACUGCCGACAAAGCUCUUUGCUCAAGUUGACGACUGGCUGGUCAUCCUCGAGAAAGCCCUGACAUUUUAUGAAGAUUUCAAGCUUGAAGAGCUCCCCAACUCGCUGACCACUUACGACUUGUGGUUUAAAAAGUGUAACCCUCAUUCAGUGCUCGCGGGCAAACUGAUAGCGGUGGACGACCUCGACGCCACCAUGGCGAUCCAGGACGAGGAAGUGGCCGAGUUCAACAUCUCUGAGAGCUCCGACGACUUGUCGUUAGCGCUGCUGACGCUGACGCUCAUUCCACUGGUGAUCUACUCCAAAUUUGACUCGGUGAAACACGUCCCUAAUCUCUAUAAGAUUGGCCUCACCGUAGGGUUUGUCGGCGUCCUCAUCCACUUGCUUCUCAAACUGCAGUACGUGCAAACGAAGAUCUCCGACUGGGCCCUGGUGGUGCUUACGAGGGUCUUCCACCAACCCCAAUGGACACCGCUGAUCCUGAUGAUCAACCUGGUCGGGUUGGGCCGGGGCCAGUGGUGA